AUGAUGUACAUGAGGCAGCAAGAUGACAUCGCAAGAACAAAGCUGGAGAAAAUUCGGCCCUGCGGUAACAAGCUCUCGCUAGGAAAUCGAAUGUGA